UUUGUUAACCUGGCAUUUUAAGUACAGUUAGCUGACAAAAGCUAGCAGUUAGCAAACCGGCGGAAUAUAUCCGAUUAUCUAGCUAGAUUGGCUGCUUGAGUGUCUUAUUGUCGGUAGCUGGUUCAGUGAGCUGGAAGAAAAUGGUUUACGUGAUGCUAACGGCUCACCCUUGCUGAUGUAACUUCACUCGGUGAUUGUCAUUAUACAAUCAGCUCACUGAAAACCGUGAGUUAGCUGGCUUAGUAAGCUGGUGCAGCGGAACAGCGAGGUUAUUGGGCAUAAGUAUAACCUUAAAUCACAGUUAGUCCCAUGAUGAUGCUCCAGGAUGGCGCUACACAGCUUCUCUGCCUCACAGCGAGCAGCGGGGUCCCUCUUUUCACAAGGGGAGCCUCAAAACAGCUGCCGUUCUCUGUCAUAGGCUCUCUAAAUGGUGUUCACAUGUUCGGAGCUGGUCAGGGAGUAGUGUUGACCUGCUGUGAGACUGAAGGUGGAGGGAAGGUGGUGUGGAGAGUUUUCCAGGACAGUGUGAUGCUCAUAGCUGUGAGUGGAGGUGGACAUGGUGGUGUGGGCAGCAGCAAAGAGGAGGAGGUCCGUCUACAACGCCUUCUGGAGAAUGUGUGGGGCUGCAUGGUGCUGGUGUUGGGGCUGGAUGAGCUGGUUAAUCUCAGGAAUGUUGAGAGGCUGAAGAGGGACCUCAGGUCCUGCUUCAGUCUUAUUGAUGAGCUGCUGGAGGACAGGCAAGAGGGUGUUCUGGGAAACCUUACACACUGUGCUGAUUCACUGCUGCCCCCAAACCCCACUGUUCUUCAGGAGGCUGUGGAUGGCUUUGCUCAGGCGGCAGACAGCGAGUUUGGUUGCCUCGUUGUUCACGGGCGAAUAGCUGCGGCAACUGAAAAGUGGUGGCGCCUCGCUCCACAGGAAGUUGUCCUGCUUUCUGCUUUGAUACGGUCACUGUCGGUCUCUGGAUCGGCUUCUUGUGAUUACCCGAUUUUCCUUCCUCAGGGCAGCCCCACCGUGGCCCACCGCCUUCUACGCUUCCAGCUGCUGCCCGGAGCAGACGUGUGCGUGCUGUGCGGUCCAACCCCGUCUCUACAUGGAGCUGAGACUAGGCUGGUGGGUCGUUUUUGGUCUCCUCUGGUGGAGACCCUGAGAGACUGCCUGGCUGUUGGAGAGCGCUGCCUACUGGGGUCCGUAUCCCUGCGGCCUGAUGUACUGGCACUCCUUCUCAUCAACCAUGAAACACGUCGUGCUGUCUCUUGUGUGAGGACUUCAACUUAUCAUUACGAUGCUCCUUUACUCUCCAAGGCCCGCUGCUGGGAGCUACUGAAACUCUUUUAUAUCUUCAGCACAUCACGCUACUUCAUCCAGGGGGAGACUUUAUGUGUCUCCCCGGAGGAAAAGGCUCAGAGAGGCAACACUGAAGACUUUCCCCUGGGAUUCUCCCACCAGCCCCAACAAUGUUAUCUAGUUACAGAUGAAUGCAAAAGCUACGGACUUCAAACACCACAGCACCAGUUGUUUCUGCUUAUCUUACCAUCUGUGCCCACAUUUGCGCUGCGUACACUGGCUACACAGACUCUGUCUGAUAUAGUAGCAGCCACAGGGUUUUAAUUAAAUUAGUUACUUAAACCAUUUUAUUUUUAAUCACAGGUGAUUAGUUAUAGCAGUAAUGUGAACUCACAUUGUCUUCACUGAUGACUGCAAGUACAUUACAUUCUCACACACAGAUCUAGUAUCGUAGUGAUCAUCUUCCAUGUUUUGCAAAGACAAUGAUGAACUGUGCACUGGUAAGCAAAUGUAUGGUAAAAACAUUGAAACACUGUCCAAGCUCUUACAGUUUUUCCUGAAGCUUCUAAUGCUUGAAAAAUAUGAAAACACACUGAAAUGUUACACCAAAUUGAGUUUUGUUUUGCAUCACUGUUGCAUGACUGCCCUGGCUCUCUGAAAGCUGGUUAUUACAUCAGAGGGUAGCACUGUAACAAUGUGUAUUAAAAUGUAACGGAGAAUAAUGUGAAGAUGUUACACUGGGUUUCAAAAGUGCCUGCUGUUUUAUUGUUUUGGCAUUUUGCCUGAGAGAAGGUGAAAGUAUUUGUUUGCGUGUAAAUAUAGUUGGCUAAUUUUUCUGGGUCUUGGCCUCACUGAGUGAGUCAUU